UCGCCGACUCACCCCAUCAACAACUUCCUCCAGUACACCCGCGUGACGCUCAACACGGGGCCACAGCUUCCGCCGACGUCUAUGCCUGAUGGUCAUGCGCAGUACUUGCUGGCGCGGGACGUCUUUCAAUACAACUUUGACCGGGAGCGCACGCUAGUCGGAAGUGGCGGCCGUGGCCGUCGCAACUCGACCGACUCCGGCAGCGUCGCGUCGGAAGGCGACCGAAACGUAAGAGUCUGA